AAAAAAUCACUUAACCCACGAAAAUAUUUUCAAGUCACUUGGGCCGGAGGUUUACGGUCCGCAUAAAUUCGGUCCCGGUACGGGUCGAGCAACUGACAUAAAACCCUUCAAGACCUAAACACUAGGGUUCAACACACACACACACACACAGUUAGAAAGCUCAACAAAAAUGGGGAAGCAGAAGAAAUCCCAACAACAAGAAGCAGAACUUCUAAGCACACUUGACGACUUCACGAGCAAAGAAAACUGGGACAAAUUCUUCAGCAUCAGAGGCACCGAUGACUCCUUCGAAUGGUACGCCGAGUGGCCUCAGCUCCGAGACCUUCUUCUUGCACAGAUCAAUUCAACAGAAUCAGAGGUUCAGAUUCUUGUUCCUGGUUGCGGCAAUUCUCGGCUAUCUGAGCAGUUAUAUGAUGCGGGAUUCCGUUGUGUGACGAAUAUUGAUUUCUCUAAAGUUGUGAUUGGAGAUAUGUUGAAGCGGAAUGUGCGUGUGAGGCCGGUUAUGAGGUGGAGGGUUAUGGAUAUGACUAGUAUGCAGUUUGCAGACAAGUCAUUUGAUAUUGUUCUUGAUAAGGGAGGAUUAGACGCUUUAAUGGAGCCCGAGCUUGGCCCUACACUAGGGACUCAAUAUGUAUCAGAGGUGAAGAGAGUUCUGAAAGACGGGGGCAAAUUUAUUUGUCUCACCCUUGGAGAAUCUCACGUUUUAGGCAUGUUUUUCCCCAAAUUUCGUUACGGAUGGAAAAUCAAUAUUCAUUUACUACCCCAAAAAUCAUCGAAAAGUUCUAAAUCGAGUUUAAGAACUUUUUUGGUGGUUGCUGAGAAAGCAAGUCCCACUACACUGCAAACGAUACUCACUUCUUUUGAUCAUGAUACACUUGGCAGUGGUGAUCAGGCGCGUGGAUUUAUUGAAGCACUUGAAACCGAGAACAAAAUUAGAACAAACUGGUCUAGUGGUAACGAUAUAUUGUACUCACUCGAAGACCUAAAAAUAGGAGUCAAAGGGGAUCUAUCAGAGCUUAGACCGGGUCUUCGUGUACAGCUCACUUUAGGUGGGCCCGGGCAGUCUCGCUUCUGCUACAAAACUGUACUUCUUGACGCUCAGCAAAACUCAGACGAGUGUUUAUAUCAUUGUGGGGUUUUUCUUGUACCCAAGACUCGAGCUCAUGAAUGGCUCUUCUCUUCAGAAGAAGGACAAUGGAUGGUUGUUGAGAGUUCAAAGUCAGCUCGGCUGAUAAUGGUUUUCUUAGAUGGCAGCCAUACUGAUACCAGCAGUGAGGAUAUACAGAAGGAUCUUUCUCCUCUUGUUAAACAACUAGCACCUGCUAAAGUUGAGGAUGCAGCUCAAAUUCCAUUUAUGGCAGCAAGUGACGGGAUCAAGGAGAGGAAAGUUGUUCACCAGGUUACAUCUGAGUUGACUGGUCAAAUAAUUGUUGAUGACGUGGUAUAUGAAAAAGUCGAUGGUCAACUCGGUCAACUAUCUCUCUCCAAUGACCUUGUAUUUCGCCGGCUAACUUUUGAAAGAUCGGAAGGCCUGAUACAAUCCGAAGCUUUGCUAACAAGUGAAGGAUCUCAAAACAAAACCGGUGAUAACGGAAAUAAGAAAUCCAAUUCUUCUUCAAAAUCGAAGAAAAAAGGAAGCCAGAAAAGAAACGAUUCUCAGUUGUCAGUAGUAGAUGCAAGCAAUGAUCUGACCGUCGAUCAUGGUUAUUUAGCGAGUUCUUAUCAUUCCGGUAUCAUAUCGGGAUUUACGCUGAUCUCUUCAUACCUCGAAAGAAUGGCAUCAUCUGGAAGACCAGUUAGGGCAGUUGUAAUUGGUUUGGGUGCGGGGCUACUUCCUAUGUUUCUUCGUAGAUCGAUCCCGUUUCUGCAAGUCGAGGCUGCCGAGUUAGAUCCAGUUGUGGUGGAUAUUGCAAGGGACUAUUUUAGUUUCAAAGAAGAUGAUCGCUUAAAGGUGCAUGUCACUGACGGAAUCAAGUUUGUUGAAGACGUUUCCACAAAGUCACCUAGCUCUAACGGGAGUUGCAGCGAACUUGAAGCUCAAGGUGAACGCAUUGACAGAGUGGACAUACUCAUUGUAGAUGUGGACUCCCCAGACUCGAGCUCUGGAAUGACCUGUCCUGCUGCCGACUUUGUUGAAGAAUCUUUUCUCAAAACCGUUAAAGAUUCUCUGUCGGAUGAAGGUCUUUUUGUUAUUAACUUGGUAUCGCGAUCGCAGUCCAUAAAAGAAGUGGUUAUAUCAAGAAUGAAAGGGGUGUUCAGCAAACUGUUCUCCCUUCAGCUUGAAGAGGACGUGAAUGAAGUUAUAUUUGCACUUAAAUCCGAGGGGCAUACGUCACCCGAGCCUUAUAAUCAACUCCAGAAAUUAUUAAACGUCAAACACCCUGAGAUGAACACGAUCAUAAUCGAUUCUGCAAAGAAGAUAAAAGAUCUUAAUGGUUGAUGUUUGCAGCUCUGUUUUUUGGUUGAUGUGUGCAAGCCUUCUUGGAACAAAUGGGUCAAAAUGGUUUCAGGUAAGAUGGGUAUUUUUUGUACUAUUUGAAACUGGUCAGGUCUUGUCGACCCGCACACAUCUUUUUGGAGUUCUAUAUAAAUGUUGUGUUAAUUGUUUUAAAAACUAUAUUGUUACACCGACGAAUUUCUUUGGUAAAACGAUUUGAGGUUGAGUAUGUUAAAAUACAGUUUAAAGACU